AUGCAAAGCAUACAAGGGAGAAGCAAGAUAACAGCCGAUCUCAUAAUCUCGGGUUAUGCUGGGGCUCGGGCGGGUAGCUGGGGCUCGGGGAAUCCUCGAGGCAGCUCGGCGUCUUUUGAGCCACCAUUACAUCUCUCCACGCUCGUGACGCUCCCUUUCCGGACUCACGACUCAAAUUUUGAAACAGCUCCGGACUCCGAGAGACGGACGCCCGUCCCACUCUGCUGGGCGACAGUCGUCUGCUGUGUCUGUGCCGGAGCCAACUUCGUGCGGUGUGCGUCGUUCCAGCCCGAUGACGAGGAUGUCGAAUCCGUGCGCGCUCAAUGGCAGCGCUGCCAGCGCAAUGCCCCUCGGCCCUGCACUUGCGGCCAGAACGUUGCCGCUGCGGAAAGUGCUUAUCAGGCUGCAAUGAGUGGCAUGGCGUAUAUCAAAAGUCUGUGUUGUGAUGAGGAGGAGGAGGAGGAGGAGGAGGAGGAGGAGGAGGAGGAGGGAGGGAGGCAGCGUUGCAGAGAAGCCGAGAAAUCGCGUUUCUACAGCGACGACAUAGGCCACCGCGAAACCUUCAGUGCAAAAUUCAACGGUGCAAAGAGGAACUUGCGUGGCCACGAUCACUGCCACCCGAUUGACCCAAGAGGCGAGCAUUGCGCAAUUCAUUACUAUUUUACAGUAAAGCGAGAAGAGGAGAAGUCUAUGCUCCGCCAGUCUACGAUGCCCGGGUGUUCAUCACACGGCUGA